AUGGCGCUGUUGCCACGUCUCCCCCGCACCGCUCCGGCUCUCGCUCCCGGUGUGUCUCUACGCACUCCUUUAUCUCUCCCCGAUAAAUCUGUGAAAGGGUCAUCUAAUGAAAGUGAAGACAACAAUUCAAAUAUAGUGAACGUGCGUGAUCUUCUUCGUAAUGGGACAGAAGGAAGCAAGGCCAAAAUGAAUGUAGAUGAAGAAAAGACGCCAUUAACUUCAUCAAACAUUCCCUCCCGAGGGCCCCAAGAACUCAUUCAAAUUCUAGAAGGAUUGGAUAACGGAGCGGAAUAG